AUGUUUACUCGAUCCAUUUUCCGUCAAGCUUCUGCUGCUGCCAGAAUUGCUUCACCUGCUAUGGCCAUGGCCAGACCAGCUGUUGCUACUCGUUCGUUUAUGCCUGCUGCCUUUAGAUUCUACUCUGUUAAGAACACCUUGACUGAGGGAUCUCCUGCCUUGGCCUAUGCUUCUGAGAAGCCUCUUGUUAGAUAUACUGAGGAGCACGAGUGGAUUGCCCUCCACAAAGACAAUGUUGCUUUCAUUGGAAUCACAAAAUACGCUGCUGAUGCUCUUGGUGACGCUACCUAUAUUGAGGUGUCUGAUGUCGGUGAGGAGAUUGAGCCCAAUGGAUCGCUUGGAUCUGUUGAGAGUGUCAAAUCCGCCAGUGAUCUUUACUCACCCGUGACUGGUGAGAUCAUUGAGAAGAACGAGGGUCUCAUUGAGAACCCCACUAUUGUUAACAAGGAUCCUCUUGGUGACGGUUGGUUUGUCAAGCUCAAGGUCAGUGCUCCUGAGGAGGUUGAGGGACUCAUGGACAUUGAGGCCUAUGAGGAGUUCAUCAAGUCUGAUUAA